AUGGCAAUCCCGCAACAGCUGCUCCACAGCAAGGAAUCUUCAUGGAAGAUGAUUUUGCAAUGGGAAAUGAUUAUAGUGAAAGAAAAAAUUGUGGUUAAAGAAGGAGGCAGCAGUAGCAGCGGCUGUGUUGGGGAUGGAGUCUCAAGUGUGUAUAACCAAUAUGGUUGCAGAGAUUCUGAUUCCACCAAUACAGGAACCAAAGUAAAGGUGGUGUCCUAUCCAGAGAGCCAACCCUUCCCACCUGAGCGAGUCUCUUCUUCAUCGGCAAUUGCAAAUUCCAAGUAUGGUGGAAUCAUCUACUCGCAGGGUAAAAAACCUCAAAGUGGUUCAUCAGAAAGCGUCCGUAUCACUGUUCAGAGUGGAAAAGGCAUCCCAGCUUGUGAUAAGAGUUCACCUUCCUAUAACAUCCGAAUUUGCAACCAGCAGGGCCAGUCUUCAACCUCACAAGGUAGCAGCUCCUUUGGCACACAGGGCUCAAAACCUCAAGGUGGUUCAUCAGAAACUGUGCGCAUUACCAUCCAGGACCAGGCUCCAGGCUCACAGGCCGGCAGCUCCUCUGGCACGCAGCAGGGUGGAUCUUAUUCAAGUGGUAGCAGCGCUUGUGGUCAGGGAACAACAUCCACAAAUCCCUGCAAUCCGGGCCAAGCAUCUUCUUACAACAGCCAGGCUAGUUCAUCACAGUCUCAAGGCAACAGUAAUGCUUGUAUUCCGGGUAAAGAUACUUCGUACAACAACAAUAGGUGUUGAAUGUGAUGUGUGUUGGAAUAAGAAUCCUGUCUGGAGCUGAAGAAGAGAAUAGAAAAGAGAGACCAUGAAAGCAACUUCUGCACAGGAGGACCGCUGAAAACCCACAAAGUACAAAUGCAUUGCAAAAUUACCCUUUUCUGUAUUGCUUCCCUGACAUAUGCUGCUAUUGAAUAGAAAUUUUCACAUUCGCUCGAGUCCAAAAUCGGGUAAAAUUAAAAAUAAAAAGAAUCGUUA